AUGGGUUUAACAUUUAAAUUAAAAUUAAAAGGCUACGCUAGACCAUAAAGGGUAGACCCACUAGCUGUUGUCCGUCUUGGCUCCAAAACAGCGAAAUUUUGGAUUUCUGUCCUAAGCCACCUGUCCAAGGGAUCAGCUCCUAUCUGUAAAUACCCCGAUGAUCAAGAUGAGAGAAGACCAUGCGUCCAGAUGAGAGAAGACCAUAUAGUAGGCAAAAACUGCCUAUCCCAUUUGGGGAGGGGCGGGAAAACUUUCAGAGGAGACGUAAAAUUUUCCUCUUUAGUAAGCCAUCCCAAAACCUGUAGGCCUACAUCAAAUAGUGACAGAGGCUUUUCUUUCAUCCUCAUCAGGAUGAAUCCUAACUGCUGCAUGGGAAGUGUACCUCGGAGUUCAAUUUCCGUCAGCAUCUUCAUUUAUUUCUUUUAACAUUUAAGGAAUCCCUUGUAAUUGCUUCAACCCUAUAUAUUGUUACAGUGUACAAUCUAAAUCAAGGAUACAUCAAAAACAAGCACUAUAUUGAUCCUUUUUUCAAGAAGCCUAGCUUUGGGAGAUAUAGCGAAGCUCUAUGUGAAGAUGCAAUCAAAAUCGAACACGAAAUGACAAGAAAUUAUGAAAAAGUAUCUUCCAAGUACCAAAAGCAAGGUCUUGCAUUGACCAGAAAUAUGUAUCUAACUGCAGGCUCUAAUCUUAACUCCACUAAAGGAGAAAGCAACCCAAAUAUCCAAACUCGUCUUAGAAAUCGCAUGGAAUCUCUAGAGCAAUAA